GCCUGUCUAAGCCAGCAGGACGAUAAAUGGCGGCGCCAGCGAACCGCCAGCGCACAAGCCACACCGCUGCGGGUGCGAGAGGACACGGGUUGUUCAACGCUGUGCAAGAGUCGAAGAUAUUUUGAGAGAAAGACUUUUACUUAGCGAAACAUCUACAUCCUUCCAUUAUGUCGUGCAGUAGCAUCAGUUGGCUCAUCUGCAUUUUUGUGGCUGUAGUGACAGCUACUGACUACAGCGACGUAGUGUCGAUUAGAGAACCGUUCGUGGUGGAGUCAGUGCAGGAGGUGAGGGAGUGGGCGGCGGUGCCGGGCGCUGCGGACGGCUCCAUGGUGUCGCGGCUGUCGGCGAGCGCGAGCCUGGUGGUGGGCGGCGCCGGGGCCUCCGCGCUCCGCCCCGGCGCGCCGGACCUCGGCAGUCCGCGGGUCACCCUCCUGGACGUGGACGGCCGGGAGCUGCGCAGACUGCUGGCCGCCCACCGCACCCUGCAGGCCCCCCGCGUGCCCAGUGCGGCUCCCCAGUACGACUCGUCGGCAGAUUGCGCCCUGCAGGCUACCCAGCAACUCUCUGUUGAGAGUGCGGCCGCCGCGGCCGUCCUUGCUGUCAGGUACUCCUGUACUGACCUCAGGGACGCUGCCCUCGCCUUCAUCAAGGCUCACAUCUUUGACGUGAUGGCCUCGCAGGGCUGGGCCGACGUAAUGCGCACUUACACAGAAGACCUCAUCAAAGUGAGUCAACUGCUGUCUGAGCCAACCGCAGAAAACAGCAUGCCAGCCUCCACAGAGGGAAGCACCGCUCAUUGGCCCAACGACCACGACCAGACGCCCCUCCUAGAUGACGAUGGCGCCGACCCAGCCGACGUCAGCGAUGUCUCUCCAUACCGCAUGCCAGCCUCCACAGAGGGAAGCACCGCUCAUUGGCCCAACGACCACGACCAGACGCCCCUCCUAGAUGACGAUGGCGCCGACCCAGCCGACGUCAGCGAUGUCUCUCCAUACCGGAGCCUUUCAGGACAUGACAAAUGCAUGAAGCUGAUCGAAGCAGCCAAGCACGGGCGAGUGGAAGAGCUGAGGGCUCUGCUGGUGGCAGGGGCAGACAUAGACGGAAAGGACAUCUACGGGAGGACUGCACUGCACACUGCGGCAUGGAACAGGCACGCCGAAGCGGUGAGGACUCUUCUCGAUGCUGGAGCAGACGUGAGCGCUAGGGACAACGAGGAGUACACGCCUCUGCACAUGGCUGCCUUAGGCGGCAGCGCGGCUGUGGUGCGGUUGCUGGCGGACUCCUCUGCCGAUCCCAACGCCAGGGAUGUGUGGGGGUGGGCGCCACUGCACUUGGCGGCACGCGAAGGCCAGCCCGAGGCGGCGCAAGCACUGCUCGACAUCGGAGCCGACAGUGGGGCCAGGGAAAACACCGGGCUAACCCCAUUGGACAUCGCCAGGUCCAGGAACCAACAGGAGGUGGCAGACGUACUAACACGAGAUUAGCGGUCAAACAAAAGUUUGUGGAACCAAAAGGCAUCCGACACAGGAGUUUUCGCUACUUUUAAAAUAAAGAAUAUAAAAAGAUUAA